AAAUGCAAAUAUUUCAUGAAAUUCUUAGAGCUUUACGAAAGUAUCUUAGAGCUUUACGAAAGUAAAAAUAUCAAGCACCUUCCCCCUUCAUUCUACCGUCCACAUAAAUACUGUUUCCUUUGGCUUCUUUUAAAGGGAGAAGAUGUCAACCGGACUCUAGAAGGCGGAAGGAAGCCUCUUCAUUAUGCGGCAGAUUGUGGGCAGCUUGAAAUCCUGGAGUUUCUGCUGCUGAAAGGAGCAGAUAUUAAUGCUCCAGAUAAACAUCAUAUUACUCCCCUUCUGUCUGCUGUCUAUGAAGGUCACGUUUCCUGUGUGAAAUUGCUUCUAUCGAAGGGUGCUGAUAAGACUGUGAAAGGCCCAGAUGGACUAACUGCUUUUGAAGCCACUGACAACCAGGCAAUCAAAGCCCUACUUCAGUGAUGGAUGGAUGGGCUGACAGCUCUGGAAGAAUGACUCUCCUGUGGCCUCACACUGCUGCCUGUCUGUCUGUCACUCUCUAUCUGCCAGCUUCUUCAGCUAAAUACUUUAGGAGGGGUGAGGGGAGAGAGAAAUUCAUAACAAAUCAGACUACCAGAAAACAAAAACCAAUGUUUUGGAGGAGAGGCAAAAACUACAAUCAGGCUUUUACAAAGCCUUCUGAUCAAGUCGGCCUCUUUUCCGUUUCCAAAAAUACACAGAUUAUACCCAAGGGAGAGCAAAGACACAUACAUUUGACCUUCUCAGCUCCCUAGCUAAUUCAUUAAUUAGAUUGUGUCGAGGGUCUUAUUAUACAAAGGCCAACUCUACAUAAUCGGUAGCCCUAACUGUGUGAGCAGUGGUGGCUGCUGUGAUGUAACUUAGGGUGCUGAGAUAAGCAAUUAGCUCUAGCCUUCUGCCUUAAGGUGCACUCUGGGGAAUCUCCUGGUGUAGUGAAGAUCGCUGCCUGUGGUUGGUGACCAAAUCUUCCCUCAGUGACUUUCCGCCUUUAUGCGAAAGCUCAGUGAGGGUGAGGUGGGGCACACCUAAAUUGCUAGAUGCCUAAACUUUGGAUUUCCUCCCCUUUCACAUGGAUUUCAUGUAUCUUUAGGUAAAACUGACUAGUUUUAUUUAUAAAAUCUUAAAUUUUGGAAGUCUAUAGGAGAAACCAUUCCAGUAUGCAUAAAUUUUUCUCCUCUAGAUUCAAAUACUUCUAUAACAUUGAAACACUUUUAAACUUCACUGGUAGUAAAAGGGGAUGUAAAACUAGAAUCAUAGCCAUAAGCCUGUUAGUAUCAUACAAAGAGAGAACGGUUGUCUUCGUACCUAUAGUUUUCUUCAUUUGCUAUUUGAAUGGAUUGGCCCCGGUUAUGUGUGGAGAACAAGGAACAUUGUUGGAAUGUCUCUUUGACCCAUCUUGAAUGCUGAUUACUUAUUGCACCAAAGCUGUCACUGGGGUGAGAUUUACUAUUUGGACAAAUUUAACCCCCAUCUCUUCAAAAAUAUGCUUGUUACCGGCUCCCCAGCUAUUGAUAAACUUCUGCUGAACAUAGGCCAGCCCACCUGCACAGCAUAUUUUUUAUUCUUUUCUAUAUCAUGCAUCAUGUAAAGUGUGACACUUUCAAGAUGUACUCUGUGCCCUUAAAUACAGCCCUAAAAUAAUUAUGACCUGCAGAAAAUGUUUAGACACAUUUUCAAAUGUUUAUUUCUUGAGCAGUAUGACUAAUUAGAGCAUAUACUCUUAAAUUUUGCUGUUGUGCAUUUAAAAUACUAAGAUUCCUUUGACCUGCCACCCAUUUAAGCUUUCUAAAAAUAUUAGGAUUUUUCCUUAGCCAUGUCAUGCAAUAACUAAAUGUACCUCAAAUUUUUAAAAACGGGGGGUUAGGGACUAGUAUUCAGAUUGUGGAUAAUAAAGAAUUAUGGAUGGUUUUUUAAGGCAAUGUAGCAUUCGACAGCAAAGUUAAACUAUCAAAGAACCGUCAGCCUGGCUAAUAAGUCUUAUUGAUCAGUUGCUGAUUGGUUGGUUAGUGUGUGGAGUGAGUGAGUGAGUGAGUGAGUGAGUGUGUGUGUGUGUGUGUGUGUACUUUUCCCCAUGAACCCUUUUUUAUCCUGUGGUUUUUUUCACUUAAAACUAGCCUAACCCUGUACAUUUGGCUAAUUCUGCUGCCUUAAUGCAGCCUGUUAGAGUCAGUAAAAGUCAGUAAUCAGUACUUUAUGACCACACUUAACUGAAACCUGGAGCCAUCCUCAUUGGAGAUGGAGGGCACUCUAUCAGUCUUUAACCAUCAACAAGGUGUUUUGAAAUCUUUGUUUUCACCUCUUGGCAUGAUGUGAUCUAAAAGGCUUGGAUUACCCUCUACACAGUUUUACCUUUACAUCCUCAGCGUUUUGUUCUAGUUGGCUAUUGCAGAGAGUGCACUGUCCUAUCAUUCCUGAACCUGGUCUGCUUCCCACAGUCACCGGUGUAGAAGCCAGGUGACUUUUUGUACAGUUUGCCCUGUGUUCCCUGUGAUGCAGUGGAGGCUACUGCGCCUUCUUUCCCAGUCUUUUUGUAAACCCCAUAAUUAUGAAGCAGUUGCUUGAGAAAAUAACAUGUAAACAUAGACUAGACUGGCCAAGAUGGUUUACAAUUUCUUUUUUUUUUUUAACUAGGUUAUUUAUAAUGUAUUUCUGAACCACUUGGCAGAAAAAUUCACAACACUUAAUGUUCAUAUUUGAGUAAAGGAAGUUAAAACCAUGUCUGCUUUUUUGGUACUACAUGCAUUAGUGAAAGGUUAAGAACGUGUUUUAUUUCUCCACUGAAGUAAUAUUUAACAUCUCAGCAAAAACCUUGCAUGUUCUGUAGUUUUGUAUUAAGUCAGUCAUUUCGUAUGCACUAUAGCAAUUAAAAACAGGUGUAUUAAAACACCCGAGUGUUUACUAUGCUGUUAGUAUACUAACAAAUUCUCCCUUGCAGCUUCAGACUGAUAUCUCUAGACUUACAGUUCAAAUACAGCACCUGAGUAAACCAAGUAGUUCUUCUAUGCAUAGCUCACCUUCUAAACCCACUGGGGCAUGAAGGGGAGGUAGGUGGUUCAGUGUGUGGAAGCUGCAAGCAAGUAGCCCAUUUAUUCAUUGAUUCUUUUUCCCAAAUAAUGGAGUUUAAAUCAGUAUGUACGUAUUUAAUUUUUUUCCCCUAACACUUCAAUUAAGCUGCUGUUUUCUUCCAUGAAAUAUUGCAUACUCAAUUGUGUAUAGAAGCUGGUGAGAGUGCCCUCCUACAUAAGCAGUUGCAGUGUUUUGCAUGCAAAAUUUAAAGAAUUUAAAUUGUCCUGAUUCUAUUUUGUAAAUGGAGAAACAAUCAUAUCUUUCUAAGCAGUAACAGAGGAAGACUAAUGCUUUGUGCAUUUUGAUAUAUUUGAGUUCAUUUUUUCCACAAUGUAAUACUUUUGACACAAUUGGGUUUCUCAUAUUAUCCUAGUUCAUGUACAUCAGAAUGCUAACUAAUACUGUGUUUAAGUUUUGUGUUGCAAGAACAAAUGGAAUAAACUUGAAUUGUGCUACAGCUAA